UGCCUGGCAAUGCUGAUGUUGCUGUGCUUUUGCUGCUGCUGCUGCUGCUUCGCGCAGUCAGUCAGUCUGUGCCAGUGCUCUGCAUCAGCCAGCAGCUGUUAGCGGCGGUAUUCGAUCUCGACGUGAUUUUUAUCUGUGCAUUUCUUUUGUACCAUUGUGGGAAAAUUCGUUUACGUGCCGCCGUCUGUAUUUUUAAAUGGUCCAUUUAUUUAUUUAUUUAGGAACGCUUUGGGUUUUAUUGUUUCGAUAUUAGCAAAAUUUAUUUUCGCCUCGUAAACGGUCCAUCAAAAACAAACAAGUCAAAAUAUCCAGAUAAAUCGAACGUGAACCACAAGAUUGGUUUUGUGCAAGAUCGGAAGCUUUAAUGGUAAACAAUGCUGCACUGUUAAUUGUUGCUGUUGCUGGGUGCAUGAACGUGACCUGGCCCAUGUGCGUGUGGAUUUGUCAUUGGUAUUGCCCGGAAACUGCGAACAGUUGGCAACGCAAUUGCUGAGCCCGUAGAAAUUGGACGUGUGCUGAAGCGCAAUCAUGAAGCGCGACGUUUCCACCUCGACCAUUGGCCGAGAUGAGGCCCGGCGACCGCUUAUGGAGGCCUAUAUGUUUCAGCGGCGUGUGCUGCUCGGCUGCAGCCUGCUGAUGGUCAUCUCGCUGAUUGUUUGGAUUGUGGCCAUCUCGACGGAUCACUGGAUUAUAAUAUCCGGCGGAAACGGCAUCUUCAUACCAGAAUCGCGUCGCUUUUUUAUGAAUUCUCAUUCGGGCUUGUGGCGUCAUUGCCGCAACACAAUUGUCCCGAAUGCACUAAGCAAUGCACAGGUUGUGCGCAACUUUAGCUCCAUGUCAUAUACCUCACAGUCAUAUAUCAACGAUGCCAAACGCAAUCUCACCCACAUGGAGUUCAUCAAGCAGUUUGCUACGGAGAAGCUCGAUGAGUCCGGUAAUUUCACAGAGCCGGCGCGUCGACGCAUGUUUGCGCAUUGGGCGCGCGGCGAGGAGGAGGAGUUCCAAACGUUUCGCAGCGCCUUCCACAAGCUGGUCAUGUCAACAGAGGCGAAUCAGCGUGAAUUUAACUCCACUGCCGUCAAGCCCAUACCCAUCGAUCCGCUCGAUGUGAACGGCAUCAUUAAACGGAAAACAUUCGGCUCGGCGCUGCAGCGUGUCAAAUAUAACAAUACCUGGUCAUACUAUGUAAUACCGGAGGUGGCACAGCAGUCCAUAUUUAGCAACUGGACGGACUAUCCUCUGGUGGUGCGUCUCCUGGGCACCUACAUCCGCGACAUUGGCAUACCCGCUUUUGUACUCAACGAGGAGCGCGUCAUUUUGAUACUGGUGCCACCACUGCCACCCAAGAAAGGUGGACAGACUGCCCACUACAGCUAUAUACCCUAUCCUCGUUGCAAGUACAUUGACAUGUUUCCCAACUCGAACACACUGCGCAAUGAGCCUGGCUUUGAUGAUGAAUUAAUGGAUUAUAUUAGAACGCAGGCAUCCUUUGCCUGCAUUACGUUGUUUGUCAUGAGCCUGGGCGCUGUGUUCUCCUUCUACACGUUCAUGAAUCCGCGCUAUAUGUUUAAACGUUUGGCUGGCGGCAUACAUUUGGUUGCUGCAUCCACAGCGCUUGUCGUGCUACAAGUGUUGUUCUCCUCCAUCGACUACACAAAAGAACAUUUGUUCUAUGCAUAUCCGGAUGAUGCAGAAUUGACCUAUGGCUACGGAGUCUAUUUGGCGUGGUUUACGUUCGUGACUAAUAUUUUAUGCGGUGUUAUGUUCCUCUGGUAUUCUGGUAAGAAAAAAGGCGCUAAGGCCCCCAAUGAUGAGGUUGCCAUGGCGGACGAGCCCACCAUAAUGGGCAGAUAAUAGAGCUAAAUGUACAUCCAUCAAAGACCAAAGCAAUCCACACCAAUCGUUGUUGAUUGGUACUUUCGUUUUACAUUUGUUAUUUGUUAUCUUCUUAAUAAUACACAUGUAUAAUUUCAGUUUUGGUGUAUAACGAUCUAAAGAGCACUGAGAAAUAAAUAAAUCAUUUGUUUACCUGUAA